UAAAAAUGAGUAUUUCAGAAGAAAAGAAAGAAGAACGGAACUAUGUUGACGAGCUAACUGAUGAACAAAAGAAUGAGCUCAAGGAAGCCUUCAGUCUCUUCGAUAAAGAUGGAGAUGGGACCAUUACAAUUGACGAAUUAAGUGUUGUUAUGAAGUCCAUUGGUCAGAAUGGGUCAAGAGAGGCAGUCAAGGAAAUGGUAAAAGAUAUCGACGACGAUGAUGAUGGCGAAGUCAGCUUCGAUGAAUUCAUGAAACUUAUGGCUAAAUAAAAUGAAAGAAGGAGAAACAGACGAAGAACUUAUAGAAGCGUUUAAAACUUUUGAUCUGAAUGGGACUAAUUAUAUUACAGAGGACGAACUCGCAGAGAUCAUGGAGAAGUAUGGUGAGAAAAUGCCGAGAGAUGAAGUCCAUAAAAUGUUUCUUGAGGCCGACAAAACAGGAGAUGGCACCCUUACAUUUGAAGAAUUUGUAUUAAUGAUGAUGGCUAAGUAG